AAAUAGAGUCCCAACUCUUGCGCCAAUUCAUUUCCGUACCGGCUGCACAACUACCUCUUGUACCUUCUCCGUACCUUCCUAUAUCUUUCUCUCUUUCAUUCCUGUUUUUUUUUUCCAAUAAAACCAUACUUUAUAAACAAAAACCUCCUUUUUCUCAUAUAUUCAUUUUUAAAUAACCCUCUUCUUCCUUCAAAAAAAUAAAAUAAAUAACCCUCUUCUUCUAAAUCAUUUUCACCCACAUACAAAAACUUUCAAAUCCACAAGUUUCAAUCUUUGGUUGAUGGUAUAAAAUCACUUGUGCUGUGUAAUUGAAAACUCUCUUAACAUUUUUCUUAUCCACUACUUUCUUCCCAUAUCUACUAUAGCACCAUGGCCCUUCUCAUAGUCCCAUCCACACACUAGGAAAACCCUUGCACCAUUUCUCUACUUUUCCCAGAAAAACUCUAACUUUCUUUUUAACGAAGAAUAUGCGAUUCAAGCUAGGCAAGCGAGUCAUUCGGGUCACCCGAUGCAUCUUCCGGAGAUUUCGGACCCGACCCAAAUACCAACGUCUUGGUAAAUCCUCAAAGAAGAGUCACAUGAAGAAGCUUUUAACGUGGGGUCGCAAGUUAACUAAUAGAGCAAGGUCUCUAUGUUCUACAUCGUUAAAAGGGUCGGGUUAUUUACCGGUUGGAUCCGACUUGGUUUUGGGAAGUGGUUCUCCAGUUCCGAAGGGGCAUUUAGCUGUGUACGUGGGUCAGAAAGACUGUGAGUUUCAUCGGGUUUUGGUUCCGGUGGUUUAUUUCAACCACCCAUUGUUCAACGAGUUGUUGAAAGAAGCUGAGAAGGAAUAUGGGUUUUGUCACCAAGGCGGGAUCACGAUUCCUUGUCGGGUUACUGAUUUUGAACGGGUCAGGACCCGAAUAGCAUCUGGGUCGGGUUUACGGAGAUUGAAGUGGCGGAAACAUUUUGACAGUUGAUUAGUGUAAGCCAUGAGGAAUUGAGGAUGAUGGUUAAUUGGUGAAUUAGUGGAUGAUAAUAUCUUUUGAUAUUUUUAUUUUUUUUUAGUAUCUAAGUUGUUUUUGAAAUACUACUUAUUAUUAUUUAAUAAAAGUUUACCAUGUAAUUAAAGAUGUAAACAGUGUUUUCAAAUUCACAUUAACUUCACUUACAAAUUUAUUUAUGUGAUGUUUAUUUCAAAGAUAA